AUGACGGAAAAUUCAAAAGUAUUGAUCAAUGCGAGAAUUAAAGAUAUAAAGGCUUCGGUUGUUUCACAGUGGCCCAGUCAAAUUUGGAACCACAUGCUUGUGGCACGCGUAGAACAGAGUUGUAAUAAGUACAAAAUAUCUCGGGAAACUCGUCCAAUUUGCAUCAAGAUAAUUUAUCUAGGAGACCACGUCAAAGUUAAGGGGUUCAUGGCCCCUCAGGCCCUAACAUACUACAAAGAAUACAGGUCAACCAUGGGCUCUAAAGAGAAACUGCUGGUGGUAAUGGUGGCUGUGGCCGCCGUGACCGCCGCGUUGCCAUUUGCAGUCAUUGCUGCACCAACAACUGCAUCACUGGCAGGAUGCAAAAAUCACUGUGGGAGUGUAAGUAUAACAUACCCCUUCGGCAUGGACAAGCAGGAAUGCUACUUGAACGUGGAUUUCCGCAUUCAAUGCAACAAUUCUGUGCCGUAUUUAGGAGAUUCCAACAUCGAUAUUUCAAAGAUAAUGCUCCUCGAGGGCCAGAUGCGCCUACCAAUGUUUGUAGGGCGUGCUUGCUACAACCAAUUUGGGAAUUACAUGUCAAAAGAUAGCAAUGACCCUUCUUUGAGGCUGGGCAGGUUCUCGAUAUCGAACACGAAAAACAAGUUUGUCGCUAUUGGUUGCGACACGAUCGCGAGUGUCCAAGUCCAAAUUUUUGGGCUCAAUGGUAACGUGUCAACUGGGUGCAACACUCAGUGCAAUGAAAUGACUGACAUUCCAAGUGGAGACUGCUCUGGAAUUGGGUGCUGCGAGGCCAACAUACCAAGUGAAGUUGGUAAAUACACAAUUUUUAUGGCUACCUACAACUUCCACCGAGAUGUAUCGAGCUUCAACAACUGUAGCUAUGCUUUUGUUGUGGAAGAAGGUGAGUUUAACUUCUCUGCAAGUUAUCUCCAAAACUUCAAUGAAGAAACGAUGCCUGUGGUGGUUGAUUGGACAGUGGAUAACAAGACGUGUGAUGAAGCUAGAAAAGACAUUGCAAGUUACGCGUGUGGAGACAAUACUCAUUGUGUAGAACCCAAUGGCAACGGUUAUAUCUGCAAGUGCAUGGAGGGUUAUGAUGGAAAUCCCUAUCUUUCAGAUGGUUGCCAAGAUAUAAAUGAGUGUAACAAUCAAAGUCUAAACACAUGCAAAUUCAAUAGUAAAUGUCAUAACACCAUAGGGAAUUUCACCUGCAUUUGCCCCAAAGGAUACCACGGUGAUGGAAAAACUGCUUGUGUUGCUGAUCGAUCCAGGUCUACAUUCAAUUUUCUUUUCCUUUAA